ACACAUAAGUUCGUAAUAAUGGAUUUCGAAUUUUCAAUGGUGAACAAGACAAGCAUGGUUGUUAUCUCCGGGGUUAUAUCAAAUAGCUUAGAUCGAUUUAAGAUUAGGAAACUGGAAGGACGACCUCUUUUGCUACCAUUAAAUGAAGAAGCUCGACCUAUGGGUGAGACGGAGCUUCAGGUAGCAGUGGGAGAAAUUAAGAGGGUUUUCAGGGUUAAAACCGAAUUGAGAGAUGCUUGUUUGGACCAAUUGAAACAGAGUUUGAGUUCAACGAAGAAUAAUUUGACAAAGGGAUACAUUGACAGUUAUAUACGUAGAGGUAAUAAAGAGAACGUAAUAGUAGUGUGGAACGGACAUUCAGAUAAGAACAUUCUAAAAAGAUUAAAUUUAGACCAUUACCCAAUGCUGAACAUAACGUGUUAUGACAAAUAUUUUAACAAAAACUUUUAUAUUCAAUUUGAAAAACUAGGUAAUAGGGAAAUAAUUUUUGAAGUAGAUAUCGGUACAUAUAAUAAAUCAGGAAGGCUACUUAAUUUAGUAGAGACCCAUGAUGUAAUAUGUAAAAAGAAACACCAUACUACGUAUGCGCAUGAUCCGAGAAUGGAUGUCAAGUAUACCAAAUGUAUAUUUGAUUUUGUGAUACGAAAACAAAGAUAUGAGAAUCUAGUAAAACACUUUUAA